AUAGGCCUCAAGGCUACAAAUACAAAGAUAUAUAUAGCAUCAAGAGAAGAAAUAGUUUGAUAUCCUUGUACAUAUAGGACAUUUUACAGCUGUGUGUAGGUAAUGACUCUCCCUGCGGCGGAUUAGCUUCGCUCCUGUCGUGCUGAGGAGGAGGAGGAUACAGUUCAUGGUGAUCUUGUAGUGUUUGAAGUUCAUUCUGCAUGACACAAAUAGCAGGAACAGUCACGCUACUCCCAGAUACAGUUCCGUGUAUGUAAAGGACUACUUCAGAUUUCCCUAAUAGCGUGUCAUUAUGGACUUGUGAUUUCUGCUUGCACUUCAGAAUGAUUCAGAAUAAAUCACCGUACUACAGUCGUCAUUUUUGCGAUGAUGACAAUGGAGAUGCCCAGGAGCACUGAUGGUGCCACCGCUGCAAAUCAAUUCUGUGCCCCACCCUGAGGUGAUGAUAGACUCUUCUAUCCUCAACCCCCUUAUGCCCUCAUAUGCUGAAGCCCAUUUUUCAUGGACGGACUUAUUCUGCAAUGACUUGUAUACCGCAUAUAGAGAUCCAUCACCAGAUGUCCUUUCCCAGUGGUCAUCCCUGCCCCCAGAACAUUGGUCGAAGCACCAUGUGUUUGAAUGGCUUCAGUACUGCUGUGACAACCACAAGCUGGACGCCACCUGUAUUCCAUUCUCGCGGUUCAACGUGACCGGCAUGGAGCUCUGCAACAUGACCAAAGAAGACUUCACCGAGUCGGCGGGAGCGUGUGGUCAUUUCCUCUACAGUCUUCUGCAAGAAAUUCGAACACACGGCAUUCCAUUACUUUCCGGCAGAGAGGAAGCGCCACCAUCACAAAGUACUGACCGUGACGACAAAGUAUAUCUGAAAUCAGAACCAGUGAAGAGACACAGACAGCCCAACCAGCAUCGACCUGGCAUACACAGUUCUCAUUUGUGGGAAUUUGUCCGUGAUCUUCUCCUGUCACCGGAGGAAAAUGAUGGCAUCUUAGACUGGGAGGAUCAGGAGCAAGGAAUUUUCCGUGUGGUAAAGUCUGAGGCUUUGGCGCGCAUGUGGGGUCAGAAGAAACGCAAUGACAGGAUGAAUUAUGAAAAGCUUAGUAGGGCUUUAAGGCACUACUAUAAGACCGGGAUCCUAGAGCGAGUAGAUAAGCGGCUGGUCUACAAGUUUGGCAAGAAUGCCUAUGGGUGGCACCGCCCCGUAACGUACUGAAUGAGCCAUCUGCUGGUCGCCCUGGGGCAGUUCUUGUAGAUUCCAUGAAUCAAUGUUCAACUUUACUGGCAGAGAAUUCGUGCUCUCUAUGUGCGGAACGCAAAGUCAUUCCAGAAUCUGAAUCACGAAGUGAGUCAAUCAGUAUUAACCCAAUUACUUAAAGUAAUCACCUGCCAGGCAAAUGGGUAAAGACUGACUGCUCGAAACGGGGUCACCCUUUAAAAAUGCAUAGGACUCUCGCAUUAACAGUGCUAGGCUAAAAAAAUUAUAGGGGUCAAACAGAUUGGAUCCAUGAAUAUCUGGUUGGUAGUGGUUAACCAUUAUAACUUCACCAUUCCCAAGAACUGUGGUCUCCAAACUGUGGAGUGCCAGGUGCUGCAAAAUUACAAUUUCCAGCAUGUCCGGACAGCCGUUGGCUGUCCGGACAUGCUGGAAGUUGUAGUUUUGCAACACCUGGAGCUUCACAGUUUGGAGACCAAUGCCCUAGAACAUGGAAUCCAAUCUUUGGUGGAGAAAUGGCCAUACGUGUGUGGUCAACCUCUAUUAUAGUGGGUGGUGACCAUCUAAGCACUUCCUCAACCAUCCACAAUAACGGCCACCGUACUGUUGGGAGUGGCUUGCUGGAAGUUGUAGUUUUGCACCUCCUGGAGCUCCACAGUUUGGAGACCAAUGCCCUGGAACAUUGGAUCCAAUAUUUGGUGGAAAAGUGGCCAUACACGUGUGGUCAACCUCUAUUAUAGUGGGUGGUGACCAUCUAAAGCACUUACUCAACCAUUCACUAUUACUCAACCAUUCACUAUAAUGGUCACCGUCCUUCUGGGAGUGACUUGCUGGAAGUUGUAGCUUUGCACCUCCUGUAGCUCCACAGUUUGGAGACCACUGCCCUAGAACAUUGGAUCCAAUCUUUGGUGGAAAAGUGGCCAUAGAUGUGUGGUCAACCUCUAUCAUAGUGGUUGGUGACCAUAUAAGCACUUACUCAACCAUUCACUAUAACGGCCACUAUCCUGCUGGGAGUGACUUGCUGAAAGUUGUAGUUUUGCACCUGCUGGAGCUCCACAGUUCGGAGACCAAUGCCCUAGAACAUGGAAUCCAAUCUUUGGUGGAAAAGUGGCCAUAGAUGUGUGGUCAACCUCUAUCAUAGUGGGUGGUGGUGACCAUCUAAGCACUUACUCAACCAUUCACAAUAAUGGCCACCAUUCUGCUCGGAGUAAAGGGCCAUACACCCCUACUUCUAGAACCCAUGAAGGAACCCAACACCCAUCUCAUUCAUGUCGUAAAACCUCCUAGAUGUUGAGUGCCUUAAUUCAGACAUAUUGGUAGGGUUGUGUGCAUGAACUGCUGGUUUCAGGUCUUGCCACAGACUAGCCCAAUAAAAGACCUCUUGGACUUUUUCCUGGUGCCUUCGACUGCACCCAUCUAGUAGACAACACCUUCAAGAUUAGAAAAAUAUGGCUGCUUUCUUACAGCGCUACACCUGCCCGUAGGUUGUUGGCGGUAUUGCAGCUCAGGUCCUUCUUGAAGUGAAUGAGACCGAUCUGCAAUGCCAUGCACAACCUGUAAACAGGGGUGGCACUGUGAUAUUGUAUUAAGUCCUAUGUCGGUACAGACACCCUUCAACAUCCCUGGCUAAAUAAUUGUGUCGGGGAGUCGAAAGAUUCCAUUCCUCCUAGAAAUUCCUGCUGAACAAGUGACAGCCAUCUUUUUUUUACCCUUACUUUAGUAGUAGAACUGCUGGGGACUUGCAUAAAAUGCUACAUGGCACCGAUCCUCGUGCUGAAUAGUGUGUUUUGUAUCCAGUCUCCAUAGCGCCACAUACUGGCCUAAGGCUUCCAAGCCUAGCCAGUGGGCCAAAUAUACUCAGACUGUUUCCAAGUAACCAGUUGCGUUGACUCCAUAUUAAUUCAUUAAAGGGGUACUCCAUAUGAAUUUAGUUUUUUACUUCAAUCAACUGGUGCCAGAAAGUUAUACAGACCUGUAAAUUACUUCUAUUUAAUAAUCUUAAUCCUUCCAGUACUUAUAAGCUGCUGUAUGCUCCAGGGGAAGUUGUGUAGUUCUUUCCAGUCUGACUAGAGUGCUCUCU